AUGAAUUGGAUCCUAAGAAUUUCUGUGUACCUAAUUGCUUUUGCUGUAGCGCACGCUGAAGUGGAACUUAGAGAUGAGGACUACAACAAGACUUGGAUGUAUAUGCCCAACGGCGAGGGUGAAAUGGAAGUGGCUUAUUUGGUUGAACCGCCAGCCGAACACGAUCGUAGUGAAAUAUCCGAAUUUAUACAAUUUGAAUUUUAUGACAGCUCGAACCCUGACAAACCAGUAACGACCGCUUUUUCGCUACUCGAAGGCCCCACGACGAGUACCACUCGCCGACGCAAACGUGAAACCUGGGAGGAGCUAGCCGAUAGAUUUAAACCCGAUAUAAAUACGAAAAUUUUGGUACACGGCUGGAAGUCGAGUUCACGCAGUAAUUCCAUACAAGCUAUACGCAACGCUUACACCGAACGUGGUAAUGUGAAUGUAUUCGCUAUAAAUUGGAGCGAUCAAGCGGAUAAUAUUUACUAUCUUGAACCGGCGCGUUAUACAGUACAAGUGGGUAGAGCAGUGGCGCAAUUAAUUGAUUUACUAGUGGAAGAGAAAGAUGCCGAUCCGAAGAGCAUACAUUUGAUAGGACACAGUUUGGGGGCGCAUAUAAUGGGUUAUGCUGGCUCGUAUACGAAAUAUCGCCUUGGACGUAUUACCGGUUUGGAUCCCGCACGUCCCGCUUUUGAGGGCAGCACUGGUCCUGAGAAUCAUCUCGAUGUAACCGAUGCUGAAUUUGUUGAUGUCAUACACACCUGUGCGGGUAUUUUGGGGUACAAGCAACCGAUUGGGGUCGUAGAUUUCUAUCCAAAUGGUGGAGGCGCUUUCCAGCCAGGCUGUAAUCAACCUGCGCAAAUAUUUACUGGCUGCAGUCAUGGUCGCUCGUGUGAAUACUUUGCCGAGUCCAUUAAUAGCAAAACGGGGUUCCUAGCUACCGCUUGCAAUUCUGUAGUCGAUGCUAAGGCUAUGAAUUGCACUGGACAACGAAUUUUAAUGGGAGAUCCAGUGUUGCAAAAUGCCCGCGGUAUAUAUUCAGUAAAAACGGCGGAUAAACCAAAUUUCGCGCUUGGCAUGGAGGGCUAA